AUGUUUUCCAGGGAUUCAGGACUGUCGACAGCCCAAUGCCGUUUCAAGAUCUUACGCAAAUACCGGAGCCAGUUCGCUAGCAAGGGAUACAUGGUUUCCCAUGACCGAGAAAGCCCUAGGGCCGGAUCUCGAAAUAUCUUCUACGGUCGGUCGACGGGCACACCAAUGGCUCCCAGAGCCAAUGCAUGUAUACCGUUUCAUCAUCACCAGAUUGCAGAUAUUGCACGGGAAACAAGAGCAUCAAAGCCCUGUACGACCCGCAUUUAUGGUACUGUUCCUGCGUCUUGCAGCGAAAGGAAGCCUUUCCUGUAA